CAAGCUACAAAAUUCUCUACUGAAGUGACACCGUGAUUAGCUCCCUUCAACAAGCACCAGACCAGCAGGGGCUAUAACUCUAACAUAGAAAGCUAUCUUGGUCUAUACGUCCGACUGUUUGUACUAUAAGGAAACACAACUUUAAAAGCAUGGGACGUCUGACCUUCACCCUGUGUCUGCUGCUGGCCACAACGCUGCUCGCGUCUGCUGAACAAAAAAGUUUUCGUGGCUUCCAGCUCGUGUUUGUUUACUCCCGUAACUUGGACGAUGUGAAAUUUCUGGGACAGCUGAGAGAUGACUACGUCAAUAUCGACUUCUGGAGAGAGGCUACCCCCGGGCAUAACGCCACCGUCAUGGUCCCUCCCACCCUGCUCAACAUAUUCAAGAACAAACUUGACCAGCAGGGGAUCAGCUACGUCAUCAUGGUCAACGAUGUCCAGAAAAUGGUGGACGCCGGCUCUGUGCGUACACCUGACGAGGAAGUGACAAAGAGAUGUCUGGAGUCUGGUACCAUAGGUGACCACACCAACUACCACACCUACGAGCAGAUCGUGUCGUUUCUUGAAGUACUCCAAAGCGCCUACCCUCGUCUCAUCAAUGUAUCCCACCUCAAGCACCAGACCCACGAGGGGAGGGCAGUCCACACGGUCAAGUUGUCAGGUGCCGCUAGAUCCCGCAAGAAAGCCAUUAUUAUUGAAGCUGGCAUGCACGCUCGAGAAUGGAUCUCACCCGCCACAGUAUUGUGGGUCAUAGAAAAGAACCGCAUGUGGAGAAAGAACAAACGUUACAUCAGCUCCAGAUGUACUGGCGUCGAUCUGAACAGAAACUUUAAAGCCAGGUGGGGAACCACCGGCAUCUCCACCAACUGUGCCAGCGACAUCUACCCCGGCACCGGACCUUUCUCCGAGCCUGAGACCGCCAACAUCAGAGACCUCUUCAACGGCAUCCGAUACAAAGUCCUCGCCUACCUGUCCGUGCAUGCAUACUCCCAGCUCCUCCUGGUCCCAUGGGGUUACACCAAAUAUUUGUCACUCCCACCCAACGCCGCUGAACUGAAUCGCGUGGCUUAUAAAAUGUGGAAGGCUCUGAAAGGCAAACACGGCUCUCAUUAUGAGUUCGGCACUGCCUGGGAAGUCCUCAACUACGCUGCCGCGGGCACCUCUAAAGACUGGGCCUUACGUCGCAGUAGAAACAUCUACUCCAUGUCCUUCGAGUUGAGACCAACGGAAGACAACCCCGUUGGUUUUCUCUUACCUCCCUCGGAGAUCGUCCCAACAGCCGAGGAGUUCUACGAAAGUCUCAGAGCCAUGGCUCCAGAGCUAAAGUGAAAUAUCACGUGAUCUGUUAUCGGAUAAAAACAUAAAUAGGGAGAAUAUUUUGUCGAUUCUUUUUAAAAAUUUAACUUAUAGCUCCGUCACUAGUCACGAUGGGUUUUAUUUGCUACGUUUUAAACUGGCAUCUACUAGUAUUAUUAUUAUUAUUGUGGUUGCGGAAGUUGCAACAAGGGAAACCAGAGUCGGAAAUCAUUUCACAUAAGGGGCUUAACUCCUGUUUGAUCUCGAAGUUGUCUCUCCAAGAUAGAUUUUAUGCGUCUACGACAAA